AUGCCGGGUGACCGGGCGACAUUUGCUUCGCGGCAUCUCUUUCUAGAGAUAUUCGGCGGGGUCUGGUCACACAUAGUAGAUAUAGACAUAGAGCCUCAGUGCAACAAGCGGAUUAUAGUGGAACCAAAUAUAACAUUGGCAAUAAACAACGAUAUAGUGAAUUAUGAAAGAUGCGCUAACCAACAGGCUUGUUGCAUGUUUAGAUGUGUUGACUGUUUGUGGUACAUACAGUUGAGAUGGUACCAUAUACAGGGUAUUUCGUUUUUGGCAAGAGAUGGAAAUAACACUCGUUCAACAAAAAGUAGAAUUACACUGUUACAAUUCCGUUAUUUUUCGCAUCUGCGGUCAGUUUCAUUCGAGGGCGACGCAAGAAUUCACGGAUGGGCAGCACAGAAACCGGCAGCAAAGCUGCUUGACCUCGAGGAAGGGCUGACGGACUCGCCGGGGUUCCGCAACAAGGUGGGUAUUUUCGAGGAAUACGCGACGUCGCUCGAAACAGCAGUGCAGGGUCUGAGCAAGGCCAGCCGGGGAUUCCAGCAGGUGUCGUCGGAGUACAGCAGCAGAAGCACAGAGCUGCUGCAGCGCAUCAGCAGCAUAUCGAAACUGUCGCCAAUGCAGGACAGUGCGAUUGACCAGGCGCUGAGCGGGUUCAGCGAGGUUGCGCAGGAGAUCGAACGCAACCGGAUUCUCCAAUGCGAGCAGUUCCAGAACAUCCUAGUGGGCCCGCUGGAAACGCUGAUGGGCGAGGACGGGCCGGUGCAGCAGCUCAAGACAAGACGGCGGCGACUCGACAUGCAGCAGGCGGACUACGAGUCACAGCUGGCCCGCGCCAUGGCCCGCAAGGACGCCGAGGCAGAGAGCGAUGUGGAGGCGGCCAAGAGCCGGUACCUGAAUACAGUGCAGAGACAGGCGAUAGAUCUGAAUCGGCUGGCGGCCGUGCGGAGGAUCGAGUUCAUCGAGGGUUUUCUGUCGCUGAUGUAUGCACAGUACGCGUUCUACCACCAGGCAUUCUCGGCCAUCAAGGACUUUGAGCCGGCCAUGCGCAGGCUCGGCGAGCAUCUGGCCAAGACCAGGCGCGCGGCGGAGCUCGAGAUCGACGAGUCGCAGGCGCUAGUGAUUAAGCCCAAGCAAACCACCGACCGAGGCAGCGAUGAAUCCGGCGUCCGCAGCGUCGAGGCACUGGGCGAGCCAGCAUCUGAGCCGACCAGAGAGCCGCCCAGGCGCCGCGGCCGCAGAUGUCCGGAUAUCUGUUCCUUGCGCAGCCAGUACUCUCUGAUGGCGUCGUGGCAGCGCCGGUGGUUUGCAAUCAAGGACGGGCAGCUCGAGCACGUGCAGCGCAUGGACGGCCGCGACUUGGAGUCGAUCCCCCUGCAUCUCUGCCAGGUCAAGCCCGCUGCCCUGCAGGACCGCCGCAAUGUCUUCGAGCUGAUCGCACCCACCCGCACGUACCUCUUGCAGGCCGAGAGCGACAGCGAGCUCAGCGCAUGGACUGCGUGCCUGCGCCAGGCCAUCGAGGCGUCUCUGUAUGCGCAUACGCCGCAGGGCUCCGCGGCUCCCUCCCAGGCGCCCUCCAAGACUAGCACACCAACACCCCGGCAGCCGGCUCAGUUCGCCGUGAGCCGCGCAUCCAGCGCCCAGCGCGCCGACUCGGACGGCGAGGCGGCGCGUGUGCGCAUGGCGGCAUUGCGGGCGGUCCCAGGCAACAAUGCGUGUGUGGACUGCGGGCGGCGGGUGCCCGAGUGGGCAGCGAUCAAUCUGGGCGUGCUGAUGUGCAUUGAGUGCUCGGGCGUCCAUCGCAGCCUGGGUGUCCACGUGUCCAAGGUGCGGUCGGUCAAGCUGGACCACUGGGAGAACGAAUUGAUGCAUGUGAUGCUCCGCCUCGGCAACCACGCCGUCAACGCCAUCUACGAGGCCGAGGACCGCCAGCCAGGCGACCCAGACAAGCCCAGCGACCGCACGCCGCGCGACCAGGCCACGCCGUUCCUCUCGGCCAAGUACGCGAGCCGCGUGUGGGUCUGCCGAGCCGAGUCGCCCGACACCCAGCUGUUCGCUGCUGUGCAAAAAGAGGAUCUGCCCGGGGCGCUGCAGGCGCUGGCCCAGGGCGCCGACGCCAACAUGCACGACGGCGAGUCCGGCAAUACGCCAUUGAUUGCAGCAGCAAGUAACGGCGACUUUGGCAUGCUGGAGCUGCUCAUGCUGUGGGGCGCCAGUGUCUCUGCGCGCGCCCACGUGAGCGCCUCGGCUUACGCAGCAGAGAGCGCCGGCGGCACUGCCCUGCACGCGGCUGUGUGUGCGGGCAAUGCGCGGGUGGUCUGGUAUCUGGUGCGCAAGGGAGCGCAGUGGGACACGCCGGACGCCCACGGCCUGCUGCCGCUGGACAUAGCGCUGGAGCGCUCCGACGUCCAGGCGGUGAUGGCAUUGCGGUACGCUGCGUUCCAGAAGGCUGCGGGGCUGCCGCCGGGCUCGGUGCAGGCUGGCGAGCUGCCAGAUCUCGACGACUCGCUGAUCGGCUCCUGGGCCAUUCCGCCGUAUUCGCCCAAGCGCAUGUCGGCCGAGUUCACAGACUUUGCCGACUCCUCUAUGGCCGCCGAUGCUGCAUUUGAUGAGCCGUCGUAA